CAAGUGAUUUGAGAAAAGUUUUAAAUGAAAUUUUCUACUUCUACAAAUUAUUCAGGAAUAUACCGAUGAAGUCUUCAAAGAGUGCGGGCAACAGGAAGUGCAAACCGAUGGAUUAUACGAACUAUGCGUACAAUGAGGCAGUUAGCCGGCUGAAGCUAAUGUUGGCCGAAUCGUACGCCCCGCCCAGAGGAGGUGGUGCUGGCGGCAGUGGCGUUUCGGGAGCGUAUACGCGGCAUGGAAAUGAGGAUUCGACGGAUAAUUAUUCAGAUAAUUUGUCGGUCAUUGAACGCCCGGUCUACUCAGAUAUCUCAAAAUACUUAUCGCCAGCUCAGAAGUCGCGCUUGAGCCCGGGGUUUCGCACCAAACCGAAACCUUAUAAUACCUUCUCAUCCUCCAAGGAAAACUUGACACUUCAAAUGCCCUAUGCGGGCAGCACAACUACCACAACUGCUCCGUUGGAUUAUUACACACCCAGCAAACCACAACAGCCCGCCACGGACAGCGUUCACGCGCCUGUCGAGAUCUUCAAUUUCAUCGAAAAGCAAGAAGAUUACAUCGAGCAGCUCGAGAAGGAGUCCAAAUACUGCCGCAACGAAUUAUCUAAUUUGCUUGGCAAAGUCAAAGACGUCAUAAACGAGAAUACGCACCUCACGGAGACUGCACGUUCCGAGUUGGCCGCACUGAGUGGUGCGGAAAAGGCAAUACCAACCACAAGUCCCUCAUCGGAUAGUGACGAGCAGCAACAUUACAAAAAGAAAUCUGCCACUACGCAACGUUGCAAAAAGGAUGCACCACCCACGGUGAAGUCACCCCGCUAUGCUGCAGCACCGAAUAUUGUCUAUGAAGCGCGCAUAAGCGAGCUUGAGGCAGAGCUUAUGCAAUCAAACAUCGAUUUGAAACGCUUUAAGACAGAGAAUGAGGAACUCAAACGCAAAUUGGCCCACGUUGACCCACUAGUGCUAGCUGGAACCCACACAGCCACUCCAGCUACCAAUUCGUCCGGCACGAACUGUGAGGCACAUCGCAGGCAAAUUGAUCAUUUGCAGCAAGAGAAGAAUGCGUUGGAGGAAAAUGUGCGCCAGCUGCAAAAGCUCUUGGAUGAGGCCAAGUCACAGCAAUUUCAGAGCGUCUCAUCCAAACGUUACAUCAACGACCUUGUGCAAAUGGAGCGCGCACAGGCUGAGCUGGAAGUGAAACACUUGCGUGAGGAGCUCGAUCGGCAGCAUGAGCGUGUGCGCGAACUACAACAUGAGAUGGCGCGUCGCAUCGCCGAUGAGCGCGCCAAUGCCGAGCGACGCUACAACACGCAGGUGGAUCAAUUGGGUGGCGAUUUGAGCAGUCAGUGGGAGCAGGUGGCCAAAUUGCAGUUGGAUUUGGAGCGUGAGAAACGCUAUGCGAAUGAUAUAAAACGUGAUCUUUCGAAUCGUAAUGCGCAAAUCGAAGAGCUAAAGAUGGAGUUGCGCUCAAAUCGAAAUACUUUUCUAGCUGAAAUGGCGCAAGUGAAUGCGGAGAAGCAAUCCUUGGAGCAGGAGAUAACUUCUUUGCGCCUGCAAUUGGAUCGUGCAGCACGUGAGGCGAAAACCGAAGCGACGCGUUUGACGGCCGAGAUAACGUCGUUGCGACAGCGUUUGGAUCGUGGUGAUGCCGAUUUGUUGCAUUCCAAGCGGGAGGUGUUGCGCUUAAACGAUGAGAUCGCCAAUUUAGAGAAGGAGUUGACCUAUGGAGAGAUGAAAAAUGAAAUCCGUCCCACCAAAAAGGAUUUGGAUAAACGUAUAUCUGAAAUGCAGGAGAAGCACGCCGAAACGGUAAAUGAACUUGAGGAUAUGAUACAGAGUCAGAAGCAACUCAUGGAUAAAUUAACCGGCGAAUGCAAAGCGUUAACCAGUAAACUCGAGGAUACAACUCUCAAGCACAAAACGGAAAUAUCAACUUUACAAUCGAAUGUAGAAUAUUUAUCUAACCGUAUGCUAAAUAGUGAGCGAAUUGGUAAAUUAGACAGCACUCCAAUUUCCUACAGUAAUCCACCAGGUGGUAAAGCCACUCUCGACUACAAGCCGUCCACAUUUGGUACAGCCGAGCCAACACGUACCACCGUUGAUGACUACACCAAGUCCGCUCCGUACACUUACGAAUCCAUACUCGGCAAGUCAGGUGCUCCCGACACAUUUGGUAGCACCGCUACUACCAGCACCAUCAACAAUACAACACCCGCCAUUACCACUGCCAGUUCCUUAUACAAUAAGCCCGCUUAUGAACAGCCAACCAUCAGCAGCGAUAAAAACGAUGACUACAAGUCAAGCUACAACAACAAGUACGGCCUCAACGAUCCCGAUGACGAAAAUAUCAAGGACAAUUUGGGAGAAGGUGAGAAAAGGCGCACCAACAAUGACAUCAUCGGUAGUGGUGGCAGCACCAGUGCCGCAAUCCCCUCAAGUGACACAACCCGAACCGACUACGAUUACACCAAAGACUACAGCAAAGACUACGACAAAGAUUACUCCAAAGAUUACAGUAAAGAGUAUACCACUGGCGACAUCAACACCAGUGGCGGGGGGACAGACUUAUCGCGCAGCGGCACGGACCCGAACGUGGCCGCUCCCAUCGCCAGCACUGGCAAUGACUACAACACCGACUACAGUGGCUAUGAGGGAUAUGGACAACAACAAUACGAUGCCAGUGCAUACGAUGUCAACGCCUACGAUCAGUCAGCUUACGACGGCAGCCAGCAGCAGUAUGGCACCGCAGGACAAUACGACACCGACACACAAAGCGGGUACGACACCAGCGGAGGACAGGGAGGCUAUGGUGAUUACUCAGCUACCGACUACGACCAGUCCGCCUACCAGUACGAAGGCACACCCGCAGUGGCUGCCACUGGAGAAAGCACAACAACGUCCGCGGCAAGCGAAAGCAUCAAAUCACCGCCGCCAACUGUUGACAACAGUGGUGCCGGUGACUUCAACGCCACACCAACAACACAAGCACCGUCAACACCCGGCAGCAUCACAUCCCCAUCAACCGCACCUGCUGUCACGUCACCUGCCGGUAGAGUCGCCACGAACGUUGCGGGACGCACAGCAACGGAGAGCCGCAAUCAACCGCGAGCGAGCAGUGGCGUUGUGGGGUCAGGAGGUGCCGGUAGCAGCGGAUCAGUCGGCGGAGGAAAAUCCAAUUUGUCACAACAGUCUGCCGCGUCCGCCCCCAAAAAGUAGUUGCGCUGAGUGGGUUGCCGAUAGUGUGAGUUCAACAAGUGAGCUUUGUGAUCCAUUUGAGUUAGAGUUUAGUAUAAGU